AUGAAUUCACUCCAAGAAGCAAGCACCAUCUACAAGGCCUUCAAGAAAGAAGGCCCGGCGUUUGGAGGAUGGCAGAUGCUGCCUGGGACAAACCACUCUCGAGCGAUUGCGCGUUCAGGCGUCGACUGGGUUUGUGUUGACUGUGAACAUGGUAAUAUCGACGAUGGAGAGAUGCACGAAGCUGUCAUUGCCAUAGCACGCGAGGGUGUCAGUCCCAUUGUUCGUAUCGCUGCCAAUGAGGCUUGGAUGGUCAAACGUGCUCUUGAUGCUGGCGCCCACGGCGUGAUAGUACCCUUGAUUUACACAGUAGAGGAUGCGAAACGUCUCGUGAGUUCCGCAAAAUUCCCGCCCGAAGGCAAUCGAGGCUUUGGGUCGCCAUUCUCGCCUCAUGCGUUCACUGGCGAGGCACUCACCGAGUACCUCACGAACGCCAAUUCCUCACUCCAGACGAUUGUGCAAAUCGAAACAAAGUCAGCCUUUGAGUCUGUUCAGGAGAUUGCUGCAAUCCCUGGCGUCGAUUGCUUGCUCAUCGGACCGUUCGACUUAGGCAACAACCUCGGCCGACCGAUCCUGGGAGAGAUGCAUCAGGAGUUGAAGGAUGCUAUCGAGAAGAUCAAAGAUGCAGCACAUGCAGAAGGCAAGAAAGUAGGCAUCUAUUGCACAGAUGGCCAACAGGCUCAAGGUUAUGCACAGAGGGGAUUCGACUUCAUCAGCGUAUGCACCGAUUUUCCUGCCAUUACUGCGGCGUUCGCAGAUUCUCUUAAGACGGCGAAGGGAGAAUCCACCGGCAACGACAGCGGUCGUGUGAAGGGUUACGAUGGACGGUAG